CCUGCGUUGCUGAGUGAAAGGGUCCUAGCGUGACCUCUAGCACAAGAAGUGUUGUGGUUGCCGGUAUAUGGAGAAAGCUGUGUGAUUCUGGGACAUAUGUGAGCAUUUUGGGCUGUCUUCACAUGCAACACCUUGAUCCACACAGAGACUCGGACAUAACUGGUAACUAAAGUGCGAUGGCUGUGUGUUACUGCCAAAUCUACAGUAAAGGGCAUAUUUAUGAUUUUGAAGCAAAGAGCAUUACAAUUCUUACAGUGGGGGCAAGUGACGCAGCAGAAAAAUGGGUGUUAUAGGAGUGCAGCUGGUUGUUACCAUGGUGAUGGCCAGUGUCCUGCAAAAGAUCAUCCCUCACUAUUCUCUUGCUCGUUGGCUUCUCUGCAAUGGCAGUUUAUAUUGGUAUCAGCAUCCAACAGAAGAUGAGCUGCGAACACUUGCAGGGAAACAACAAUUGAAAGGAAAAAACAAAAAAGAUAGAAAAUACAAUGGUCACAUUGAGAAUAAGCCUCUAACCAUUCCAAAGGACAUUGAUCUACAUUUGGAGACAAAGACUGUUACUGAAAUGGACACUUUAGCACUUCAUUAUUUCCCAGAGUACCAAUGGUUGGUAGACUUCACUGUUGCAGCUACUGUGGUGUACCUAAUAACGGAAGUGUAUUACAGUUUGAUGGCCCCGUCCCAAGAAAUGAAUAUCAGUAUAGUGUGGUGUAUGCUUGUUCUGGCAUUUGCUAUAAAAGUUCUGUUCUCUUUGACAACACAUUACUUCAAAGUUCAAGAUGGCGGAGAAAGAUCUGUCUGCGUAACAUUUGGAUUUUUCUUUUUUGUAAAAGCGAUGGCAAUUCUUAUAGUGACAGAAAACUACUUAGAAUUCGGGCUUGAGACUGGCUUUUCAAAAUUUUCAGAAAGUGCUGUGCAGUUUCUACAAAAGCAAGGUCUCGAAUCCCAAGCUCCAGUCUCCAAGUUGACGUUCAAGUUAUUCCUUGCAGUGUUUUGCGCUUUUAUUGGGGCUUUCCUGACUUUCCCUGGCUUGCGAUUAGCUCAGAUGCAUCUGGAUGCCCUAAACCAAACAACAGAAAAAUUUACUCAGUUUUUGCUUCACAUCAACUUUUUGGCUCCUCUUUUAAUGGUUCUACUGUGGGUGAAACCAAUCACCAAGGACUAUAUUCUGAAUCCACCACUUGGCAAGGAAAGUGUGCCUUUAAUGACUGAAGAGUCCUUUGAUACAUUACGCCUUUGGGUCAUCAUUCUGUUGUGUGCAUUGAGAUUAGCUGUGAUGAGACAUCAUCUGCAAGCUUAUUUAAAUUUGGCACAGAAAUGUAUAGAUCAAAUGAAGAAGGAAGCGGGAAGAAUAAGUACGAUGGAACUACAGAAAAUGGUUGCUCGGGUGUUUUACUAUCUUUGUGUUAUUGCUCUACAAUACGUGGCACCUCUGGUAAUACUACUUCACACAACUCUGCUACUGAAAACACUAGGCAAUCAUUCAUGGGGCAUCUCCGAAUAUACUGGCACUUCAAACGAUUCUGCACAGGGAUCUCAUUCAGCAUAUUCUGAACUGCCAUGCCCCGAUGAAAAGACGAAGGCCACAGUUACUCAAAUCACAAUGGCACUUGGUGGACUCAAGAACAUUUUCACCCCUCUUCUGUUUCGGGGACUCCUGUCAUUUCUUACCUGGUGGAUUGCAGCUUGCCUUUUUUCUACAAGUCUUUUUGGAUUGUUUUACCAUCAAUAUCUAAUUGUGGCAUGAGCCAGACUUCUUCAUUAUCAUGUUCACAGGACCAACUGAAGAAAAGCUGCCAUGUCAAGGGCACAUGUCAAGACGCCACUGUAUCGGUAGCGCUAUGUUUUGAUUCAAUAUUUCCUCUGGAAUCUCAGGGUAAAUGUAUAUAAUCACUGUAUGUGAGUUUAAUCUGCAUUACCUAGGAGGAAAAAGCCCUAACUGCUGAUGUAGUCCUACACAAAGUACUUGGCUUUUCUAUUUCUUCUUUCAUCUUUUAAAAAGGAAGCGUCCCAGAUGAACUGCUCUUUCAUUUACAUUGGUCUUAACCUUUUUUUUCA